GCGUGACGUAGAGCAUCAUUCGUGCAGCUUUGAAAACAGCAUCGCUCCAUCAUCACUGAGAUCCUCUGAUAAACCGCUGCUGACAACAUGAACGGAUCGCUAACGACACAUCUAAGGGCGUUUAUACUCUGUUAAUGUAUUUAGCAGUCUGUACGUCUGCGUACGUGUAAUAUAUGCUCGGAAACCUGACGCGUCACAGCUCGCUCUGCACCAGCCGAGGCAGGCGGCGGUGCUGAGGAGUCUCUGCCGUCGCAGUUGCAGCCGAAGGAGAGGGGACGAAGCAAGCCCGUGUGAAUGUUGGCUGGGUUAAGGAACGCGGCAGGAUGGCGUCCACAGGCACGCAGAUCUUCGCCUUCGUGCUGGCAUUGCUAGGCAUCCUAGGUGCCACGGUGGCCACGUUACUGCCCAACUGGAAGGUGAGCGCGGAUGUCGGUUCGAACAUCAUCACUGCCAUCUCGCAGAUGCAGGGGCUGUGGAUGGACUGCACCUGGUACAGCACGGGCAUGUUCAGCUGUACGCUAAAAUACUCUGUGCUGGCGCUGCCCGCUUACCUGCAGACGGCACGCACCACUAUGGUGCUUUCGUGCGUGUUGGCAGCGCUGGGAUUGUGCUUGGCCUCUUUGGGGUUGAAGUGCACUCGGUGGGGCGGUGGACGCCGCGCUAAACGCCACGCUGCCAUGGCAGCCGGCACCUGCUUUCUGGCCUCUGGCUUCCUCUGCCUCGUUCCUGCCUCCUGGUACACAAACGAGGUGAUUGUUAGUUUCCUUGACGUCAAUGUGCCCGAAAGCAACAAGUUUGAGCCGGGCGGCGCCGUCUACGUUGCCUUCGUCUCGUCUGGUUUCCUAUUCGUGGGCGGAUCCAUUUUCUGUCUAUCCUGCCCGGGUAAGAGACACGGCCCACAGGAUUUGAUACUACUCCCUCCGGACAAACUCCUCUUGCAGCAGCAACAGCAACUGCUGCAACAGCAGCAGCAACAGGAGCAGCUCCAGCACCAGUACUGCUCCCUCUCUCCGCUGGACAACAAGACCGGCUACAGCCUGCAGGACUAUGUAUAAGGGGAGCAAGACAAGUGCAAUGCACUGCCACUCGACCUCUUGUGAUUACAAAAUAAAAGGGACCGCAACUUUCCCUUCUCAAUUCCACCUCUUUCCUUUUUAAGAUCAGCAAGCACAAAUGGUGGAAGUAUUCCCUGAAGCGUCGACGGAUUGUGAAUACUGAGGGGCGAGUGGCAGAAACGCUGCAGUAGCGACACGCUAAGCGAGAUGAUAAAUAAACGCACAUAUCCAGCAUCCUAGUAAAUCUUAUUAAAGUGUUCCCCUGGGAACGGAUUAGCAACAAGGAAA